AUGAGACGAGCGCAAAGCUGGAGUCUCCACGAUCCACAGCCACUUACACCCGACUGCGGGAGUCUUCAAUUACAACCUGCGGGCAGAACUCCCACAAAGGGGAGCCCCGGGAUCUCCGGGCCCCCCAACCCACCUUCGCUAAGCCCAGCCCCGCGAGGUGGGAUCUCUGCUCCGGCCCACGACCUCGGCCUUUCUUAUGCGAUUACACGCGCGACCUGCACCCGGGCUGGGCAGACGGGAGGCAAACAGCUCGCCGGACCCGGCGGCGGCCGAGGGUGCUGGGAGUGGGUGGGAGGACAAUACGGAGUCGCGCCGGCCGCGCGGGCGGUGCUGAUGUGUCACAGCCCCGGCGGGCGGGCGGGCGGGCGGCGCGGCGGGGGGAGGCCGGGCUCGGACCCGGGUGCCCGAGAGGCGGGGUGGGGGAGGCGGAGCGGGCGCCCGGGCCCCCGCCGCCCCGGCGCAUCCCGGCCCCCCGCCCGCCGGCCCGGGGUAAAGUACAGCGCGGGCGGGUACACAGCGGCGCCGGCCGCGCGCGGGGCCACGGAGCGCCGACCCGUCACCCCUUCCGGCGGCCGCUUCCAGGGACGGGAGCCGCGGCCGCCCCCCGCGGGCCCCGCUUCCUGCCCCCCGCCCGGAAAGCAGCCGCCCGGGGCGCCCUCGCCGCCUCCCCCGGGCCUGCCCGCGCACCGCCCCUCACAGGCCGGCGGCCCCGACCGCGCGCCGCCGCCGCCGCGCGGACCCUCCCGGGAAAGGGCGCCCGAGACAGGGGAGCCACUCACCAGAGCCGAGGCGCUGCGCGGCCCGACUGACGGCAGCGAGCGAACCCGGCGGGCCGCGCGGGCAGCGAUCAGUGUUGUCCGGACACCCGGAAUCGAGUGCCAGCGGACACCAGCAGGGAGGACGAACGCCGGCCACGUCCCUCCACAGACCAGACCCCCUCAGCGGGGGAUAGCUUCUGGCAGCCCCCGCGGCAGAGCUCCUCUGCUGCCUUCUCCCGGGGGUGGCGGAGCGCAAGUUAUUUGAGCUUGCUGAUAGGGAUGCACCAAGAGCAUCCAGGAUUUUGUAGAAAGCAUCUGGCAGCCCCGCUGUUGUCUGACAGUGAAAACAAUGGCGUCGGCUAACAGGUGUUCCCUUUAAGCGGUGGCUGCCAGGAAACUUGGAGCCAGGUUCAGCGCCCAGUGGUGUCAGCCGGCUCAUCUCAAGCCCUGGUCAGGCUUUCAUCGUCUGCUGCUUAUUCCGGUUUAUCCAACUGUCAGUUGUAAAAUUAAGUUCCCAAGCCAUUUAGCAUCUGUGGAGUUCAAAGCACUGACUGUGCGAAAAGAUGCACACCUGGCAAAGCCUACACUUACCAAUCAAUCUAAAGGGAGACCCGACCGCACUGGCAGUGUGCCAACCGACCUGAUUGGAGUUCCGGGUCUUGCAAAGGGAUUUUGCCUUUGGUUUUUGGGUUCGGGUGGAAAGACAGAAAGAAACUGAUGGCUGGAGAGCAUUAGCACCAGAAUGUGUGAGCUCAUUCUUGCACACAGGAGGACCUUCCAGAGCAAAAAAAAAAAAAAAAAUAGAAAAAAGAAAAGGGUACCAUGUUAAUAAAAUCAGGUAUUAUAACUAACAUGACUGCGUUUGUACUCACAGGCUGUGAGACUUAGGGACAUUUGAGUUACAUCCAAAAUACAUGAGAAGGGGACUUCCCUGGUGGCACAGUGGUUAAAAAUCCGCCUGCCAAUGCAGGCGACACAGGUUCCAUCCCUGGUCCAGGAAGAUCCCACAUGCCUCAGAGCAACUAAGCCUGCAAGCCACAACUCCUGAGCCUGAGUGCCGCAACUACUGAAGCCCACACGCCUGGAGCCUAUGCUCCGCAACAAGAGAGGCCAUCACACUGAGAAGCCUGUGCACCACUCAAAGAGUAGCCACCCCCCCGCCCUGCCCCCCGCUGCAACUAGAGAAAGCCUGCCUGGAGCAAUGAAGACCCA